UCCGCCAAUCAGAGACGCAGGAAGAGCCCGGCGCAGGGUAACCAGGAAGUGCUCCUCUCCAUGUAAUGUCUUAUCUAAAACUACUGGGCGCCACGUUAGGAAAACUAACAACCUUUUUAGCUCUCUCGGUUGUCUUCGUCGCAGCUUUUCUGAAGUAUUUUGACGACCCCGAACCAGUUCACAUCACCAGAAUGGCCACAGCAGACAUAAAAAACUUGGAGGACAAUUUCAGGCAGCAGAAUAAGAGCUGCUUCAUCCUGGGAGCCUCUGGGGAAACUGGCAAGGUGUUGCUUCAAGACUUGCUAAAGCGCAACAUCUUCUCCAAGAUCACCCUCAUAGGGAGGAGACAGCUCUCCUUUGAGGACAAAGCAUACGAAAAUCUGGUCCAAGAAGUGGUGGACUUUGAGAAGCUCGAUGAUUACGCUGCUGCUUUCCAGGGUCAUGAUGUUGGCUACUGCUGCUUGGGAACGACCAGGGCCAAAGCCGGGGCUGCAGGAUUCAUCCGAGUAGACCAUGACUAUGUUGUCAAAUCUGCUGAGCUGGCGAAAGCUGGAGGCUGCGCACAAUUUCAUCUGGAGUCUUCCAGAGGCGCUGAUAAAAACAGCAGCUUCCUCUACCUCAAAGUGAAGGGAGAAGUGGAAGCAGAAAUACAGGCACUGGAUUUUGACAGAUAUGCCAUUUACAGACCUGGGGUUUUGCUGGUUGACCGUCAGGAGGUUCGUCCUAGCGAGUGGCUGGCAAGGAAGUUCUUUGGUGCCGUCAGCGCGAUUUCCUCCACGUCCAUGUCCAUCCCCAUCCAAGCAGUGGCCAAAGCGAUGGUGUCAAAUACUCUGCUGCGCCCCGAGCAGAAGGUUGAGGUCCUGGAGAACAAAGCCAUCAGCGCUCUGGGAAGUGAAAGUGAUAAAAAGUAACUCUUAGGUGAGAUUAGUUUUAUUACGUUGGCGACAUACUGCUCAGGGUCAUUUCAUCCUCAUGUCAAAAGAAUUGUCUGGCUUUUCUGCUGUGAAAUAUUCAAAUAAGGGAUAUAAACCCACUUUCUUCUACAUUUUUCACAAUAUAUUCUUCAUACAAUGCCUUAAAUGUUGCCAUUUGUACAUGCAAGUGUAUUAUUAUUGUGUUGGUUAAAUAUAAAAAGGUGGGUCGACAUCUAACUCUUGUUUUUGUUUUGUCUGGUCAUGUGAAUUUUGUGCAAAGCAUCAUGUGAAAAUAACAUUUUGAAUUGUAUGUUUUCUACUACUGUACCGCACUUAUUAAAAACAUAAUUGUAUGAGCCUUAAUUGAGGAUAAACUCAACUGUCAAAGCGCUUUGAGUACCUUGAAGGUAGAAAAGCGCUAUACAAGUACAACCCAUUU